AUGAAUUCGUCACGCAUUGCGGACGUACAAAUGUACAGCGACUCGCUCUCGAGCGUGGUCAGCGGACUAAAUAUUUUGGCGGGAAGGGAUCGAAACGAGAGCGCUGACAGAGUUCGAGAAGAGAAAACUAAAAUGUCGAUAACAUUCGAAAACGAUAUUGCCGACGAAGGCGUAGGAAACGAACUCGGUCUUUUUGAUGACGAUGAUCCGUUUAAUCUUCCUCCACCUUUACCUCCUCUGUCGCCUCAACGAGAUGACGAUCCAUUCAACCAAAAUGGCGACAAAGAUCAAACUAAUGCCGACGACAAGACAGAGGCAAAUAAAAAACGAAGAGUGAAGAGAUUGCCGAGACCGAAGUUAGACGAAGUUAGGUAAGUGUCGCUAGUUGUGUUGCAGUUCUACUGAGCAUUCGUUGGGAUAGGAAGGGAAUGUAAUCUCCUGAUUGAUCACGAUCAGAUCGUGUCGUAAGUUUGAUAGCGAGUAGUGCGAGGUUUAAUUGCUCUAUCCAGCUCUAUUGGAUCUUAUAUCCAUCCUCUUUCCUAGAAUAAGCUUACUUAAUACAGCUAAAAAGGAGGGUGGUUGUGUUUAUAUGAAUCGAGGUGAGCUUUGGCAUUGUGUUAACCAUAUGCACAGAAGAACAGAACCAAUUUUGAUUUCUGCACUUCCCCUCACCCACCCCCCAAGGUUCUGGAGAGAAUGCUGGCAUUGACGGUAGUAAAGUUUAGAUGUAGAGAUACUGUAGAGGAUUUGUGACCAGUCCCUGUUUUAAGAGUAAAAGAAACUAAAACCCCAACCCCUUAAUAAAGCAAUAUUUGGUCAAGAACCUUGAAACACUCAGCUUUGGAUAUACCGCUUGUCCCCAAUCCACUCAGUCCAUAUUCAUCAGGCCCUGGUUGUUCUAAGGUUGGAUAGCCCUAUCCUCCGGAUAAAUCACUAUCCAGUGGAGAGCGUAAUUGAUUUCCAUAAAACUUAUCUGCUGAUAGUGAUUUAUCUGGUGAAUAGCGCUAUCCAGCAUUUGAACAUCUGUAGCCUGCGUAGCAGGUACUUGGAAGUAGUGGGUGCAAGAAAAAGUGGACACAGGAAAAGGAGACACGCGAGCGGAGAGGGAGCGUUCCCUCACCCCUCGUGUGUCUCCCUUGCGUGCACCCAUUCUAAUUGCGCCCACUACUUUCAAGAGCCUGCUACGCAGGCUAGAAUAUCUGGGGCCAGGUCCUCCAUCCCUUGUCUGUCUCCUGCCCUUAUUCUCUACUCUCCUGACUUAUGCCGCAUUUAGAGUCACUUGCUUGUUUCCUCCAUGAAUACAUGUUGGUGGGGUGGUAUUAUUUUAAAAAAUCAUGCAGAGAAACGUUCCUUUGUUGAGCACAUCCUUCCCCAAGAUCUUUGCAAUGGGGUAAAUGGUGAUAACAUAAGAUAAAAAUUUUAUGGUGAAGUUAGCACAGCUGGGCAGGGACAUUAUUAUCAGUUAAAGAACUCUGACAGUAUCUGUACCCAGAAAUUAAGGCACUGGAGGACAGAUUUUACCAAGGAUUUUAUAAAUUUUUAACACAGUUUCAGACAAAACAGAGGCUACCCCUUGGGUGGUUUGACUUCUAAUACACCUUUGAUAGCCACCAGAAAAAGAAAUUUAAUAUAUUAGUAGCUCAGAUAUUGUUGUUGUUGUUGUUGUUGUUUUCUUUGAAGUGUUAAAAACCUGAAUUAAACGUUAUAGGUUGUGUAGCGAUCGUGGAAUUCCUGCUCUGCAGCAUAUUUGUGAUGGCAUCAAGUUCAAAGGCAAAGGACACGAGGUAAGAAGGACAGCAGCAUGAGUCAAGUGUCAUAUUUGUUUGUAAAAGUUGUAAUGAAGCUGUUACCCGGUGUCUAGAAAACUGAUUGCUAAUCAAUUCUCACAUCUCAGGAUAGCAUGAAGUUUUAACUGUGAAGAGGUUUCACUGAGUUUUCUUUUUCUCAGGCAAGUGAUCUCAAGCUUCUGAUGCAGCGUUAUGAGCACUGGGCGCAUCGCUUGUUUCCAAAGUUUCCGUUCGCAGAUGUUGUAGAUCAAGUAGAAAAUUUGGGCAAUAAAAAGCUCGUUCAGGUAUGACAAGGAAAAAGCUGUUAACUUUCCAGAGAGAGUCCUGAGGAGUAGCAAAUGUUAAAUCCAAGAUGCCAAGAUCCUUGUUGGCUUUAUGAAUAACCCAUCAUUGAUCAGUGCUGAAAGUGUCCUUAUUAAGCAGGUUGAGUUGGCAGCAAAGAAAGUCCUGUCCAAUAAGCCAGUGCUAGUGCAUUUUGCUAUCGGGCUAGUGAAUUCUGUUCUUAACUUUUCGAUGGGCAAAUUACUGAAGAACUGUUAUCAAUCCUGCUCAUCAAAAUACUUUUUUUUGGGGGGGGGGGCUACUUAAAAUGACUCUUGGGCCAGUACAUGCUAAAUCUAACUACAGCUUGUCCAAAUGGCGAGCUGUAAAACUGACUUUCUUUGCACCCGGUGAGCUUGGAGAAAAUGUAAGGGCUUUCUUUCUCUAGGGACAAAGCAAACAGUCCAUAACAUUGAGGUGUCCAUGUAAAGCGGGUGUCUGUAAAGCAGGAUUUGACUGUAUCACUUUGCUAGGUAAAAAUGAACUCUGUUUUCUCCUUGUCCCUUGUUCAGCAGCUGGCGCCAUCUUAGAUUGACAAAAAUUAUGCAUUCACUACCCAAUCCAGUCCAUCCAUCCAUACCAAAACAAGUAGCUCUUUGCUUACAAUGUCAUGAUUCUAACCUUUGUGAGAUUUGCAACACAAUAAAAUUCUUGUUCUGGUACAGCAAUCAGGAUAAACUUGCACCAGAAUGACUUGUUCCAGUAUUGCAUUUUCUGCUGUUAUCAUGUAAACAAAUACAGAGCCAUGAGGGGGAACUGGGUUAAACUAGCACUGGUAUCAUAUUAACAUACCCUUGUAAUCUCUCAGUCUCAUCAUUGAUUGAGCUUGAACAAUACAACCUUUAUCUGAAGGCUUGAACAACAUAACCAAGUUUAUAAUCCUUGUAGAACUGUCUCAAAAGAAUCAGGAGAGGCGAGGAGGACAAUGUUGAUGAAGAGGACAAGUCGGACACAGAAGUUGGACAAAAUAUUUAUGGUAAGAGUAUUGUCGGUACUCCCUUUCUAACGAAAAGUGUUAAAAAGGGCAUAAGUCAACUUUAUAUAAUCUGACUCAUUGCCACAUCAUGCAAAUUGGUUGAGUGACUGAUUGAUUACAGACUUUUCCGGUGAUAUAUUUAGUGGUGGAUGUUCCACAGGUUGCAUAAAGGUCAUAACAAAUAUUGUUCAGGACUCCCACUAAGGGCUUGAAGUCAGGAUUUCCUCUGGCUACUAUGAGCAUGAACCCAAACUAUUUUCAUAGGAAACAAAAGGAAAAAAUAAGACCAAAGAAAACUGCUAUUCUCUUCAACUGUCCAUGCACUGAUGAAAACUGCAUAGACAUGAUGUGAUAGCCCUGCAUGUAAUGUUCCUGACAGCUAAUUUCUGAUGUUCAGCCCAGUCAAAUUCCUUAUGUGAAAAUGCCAGUCAGCAGGACUGUUAUGUGUGACCAUGUGUCAUUUUUCAACUGCCCCUUGGAUAUCACAUGCACUGAAGGGUGGAAAACAAAAGAAAUGAGCUUCAUCUCCCCUUUCAUAGUAAAUGGAGCUGAAAUGGAGGCCUCAAUUAAAAGUUGACUUGUGGAGAUUUGCUUGUGUUUAAUCUUCAAGCUGUUAACGACUAUACAGUAAAAUUAAUAAGGACUGUUCUUUUUACUGACAGGAUCGCAAGGUGAUGGAGCACUUUCUCAAUCAGAUGACACCCAAGCAGCAAAUGAUGUGAGUUUAUUCCCAACCAGUAAAAAAUUACAGUUAUGAAGUAUUAAAAAUCUGUGAAUUUAUCACUGAAGACUGAUGUUAACAGUUCUCAGGUGUCAUGUUGCUCAGACCAAUAACAACAAUAGCUAAAUGCAUCUGCUUUUCUUAGUAAAUCUCAUUACCAUUUUGCCAUUUAGGCUAGGAAUAUUAUUUUCACCCACAUAAACUAAAAAAUCUGCUCCAAUGACUCCUCUUCAAAUAUCAAAUUGUCACUUCUUUCUAGUUGAUCAUCCUCAAAUGGCUUAAACUCAUCAGGCAUUAAUGGGUUAAAUUCCAAACAAUUAGUUUUCAGAAAAAGUUUGUUGUUUUCUGUUAACAGAAGGUAAAUCUCUAGCCAUUACAAGAUUUCAAAUUUUAAAAUUGAUUAAUAUUAUAAGUGCUUGUCUUAAAGUGGGUUGUUCUAGAUGAUAGCUUUGUUCAUCAUUUGCCGCAUGGUUAUCUCUCUAAUAAUAUUUUGAUGACAACUUAUCCUGAUACUGCUGGUUUUCACAUGGUGAUUGCAUUAAUAAGUCCUCUUUACAGUCAUCAUUAAUUUGUCUCAUCAUGUAAUGUAGGCAAGAUGAUUUUCACUGCUCUCUUGAGGCCAUUUCCCCAAACAAUGGCUGGUAAUCAAGCCAACAUGCAAUGCUGCCACCGCACCCCCACCCCACCCCUACCCUCCGAUUUGAGGACAGGAGAACGGUGGCUUACAGGGACUAUUAGAAGCACUGAGACUGUAAGUGGACUGUAAUCCUGAUUGUUCUUACAGUUCAACAAGAUUUUUCAAACUUGUUGCCUCUGAUACAAUUCCUUCCUUAUACCCAUCAUCCAAGAGAUUUAAGAAAUAACUUGUAGUAAACUAUUAAUCUGAUCUUUAUUUUCAAUGAUAGCAGAUGCAAACAUUUGGUGUCCAGGUGGAGGCUACAGACAAUGUGGUAAGUAUUCAUUCGGAGCUUGUUCUUUACAGUCCCCAUCAAAAUUUUCUAUGCAAAUCUGGCUUUUAUGUAAAUUAGUGACGAUCAUCUUACAUUUUCAGUUUGGCAGCAUUUUUUUGUUCACCAAAAACGCUUUUACGAAGAAAAGUAUUGAAAUCAAAUUAUACUGAGAAUUGUGGGAUGAGGAAUUAAAUGAAAGGAAGGCAUCACAAUUUCUGUAGAUUCAAGUUUUUUGAAAUUGGUGGUUAGCUUGGUUCGCGGGGGAUGGGCAGGGCACUCCCUUAUAGGGACUAGAUAGGUACAUGCUGCCCCAAAAAGUAUGGUUUUUGAGGGUCUUAAUUUUUUUAUCAUUUUUGCCCUUGUUAGCGUUGUGUUCCCAGUGUCAUCCUCAGACAGGGUACCCAAAUUGUAUCAGCUAAAAUUCAAGUUAGUAAAUAGCCAACUACAUGAAAAACAAAUCAGCUUUUAGUUUUUGUGAAAGGGAUUUAGUAAAGUUAUGUUUUUGCCAUUGAAUUUUAGUAGGUAUCCUUUUAGGGUGUCAAUUUUCCGUGGUUUUUGUUUGUUUCAACCUUAAAUAGGGUUUGGGUUUAUGCAUUUUUCGGGUUUGCUCAAUUGGUCUUUAAAUAGUUGACUUUUUCAGGCUUUCUUUUUGCAAUGAAACUAGCGUCUAAUUACAAAAUAAAAGUUGUUGCACUGUUAGAAACCGAAAAUAUUUUGGAAACUGUUGUAGGCUACUCUAAGGAUAGAUGAGUUGUGUUCGAUCUAAAGGUGAAUGAUCAAGUAGAAAAUUUGUAAAAUGAUCUUAUUACAAAAAGAGAAUAGAAAGUGAAUACUUAUCUGAUAGCAGAAUACUUAUCUGGAAGCAGGCACAGCUUAAAAAAACUGGGGCUCUUCAUUUUCAUUUCACUCUUACUCUUGCAGGUUAUUUUGACUCCCGAAAUGCAAGAGCGCAUUCGGCAAAACAGGGAAAGGGCGUUGGCGAAACGAAGAGCUGCGCAUGAACGACAAGCAGAAGAAACCAACACACAAAAAGGUGAAGACUAAGACGUCCGUGGAUAUCAUACAUAAAAUGCGCGAAAUUGUAAAUCUCGCGAAAUUACUGCGGCAUUUUCUGGGUUUAUGAACCGUUCAACACCUGAAGCCUAGGCAUACAGUCACCUCUCAGCAUUCCCCGCUGCUUGGACGUUCCGUGAGAGACCCGGCUGCUAGCCUGUUCCAGGCUCCGAGAUGGUCGGAACCCGGAAUUGAGGAAGCGCGGAGACGAAAAAACGGGAGGAAACUUUUUUCCCGCCCCGCCCUCCUUUUCGCGUCUUCGACACUCUUACGCGCCUUCCCCACUAUCUGAGGGCCUGGAACUGGCUACCCAGUUGCGACGUGAAACGCAGCAGCGGUGACCUGGGAAACGACAAGAGGCGGUUGGGUUUGCAGGUUACAACACCUGUUGCUGAAACAUUUUUGGAAAACGAGUCAUGUUUAGUAUUACGGUAGGUAUCACAAGCCCACUAAACUGGCUUUUUGGCAAUCCUCUCAUCGCAUGAAAUUUGGGAAAUUGUUCGAGUGUACCAGUAUGAGCAGUGCUAUGCGUGGGUUUUUGUCUUAGGGCCUGUUUACAUGGAGGUGGGGGACCCCAGGUAGGUAACCUUCCUGUCCAUAUAAUCUUUCGUCUUAAUUUUAUCACGUUCACCUGAUAAAUGGGGUGCCCCUCCGCGAGUUACACUUCACCUACGUGGGGGUCCCUCACCUCCAUGUAAACAGGCCCUUAGUAACAAAGACUAAAAAUGAGACGGGAAUCGCGGCAUACUAAACUCGUACCGAUUGAUUUGUAUGAAAUUUUCCACCCAAGCGUUGGCCUGUUUCAUUGCGUGUCUUCCCCCUUUGACCAGUCCAGUAUGGUGGCCCUACCACUUGCAAGCUUUAGGGGUCACUGAGACACGCAAGCGACAAAAUUGUGACUAGCUUAUUGAGCUAAGCUGUUGAGAAACGAACAGCCUUAUUCCAGAUGCUCUAACUAAACCAUUGUAUGCGUCCACUUCAAGAUACCUAUGAAUACAGUUAUUAGAUAUUUAAAUUUGUCUUCAGAUUUACAAACUGGAGAAACAGAACAGGCGGCGGUACAGUCCAGUACUGAGAUCGCUCAAGAUAACGACGGUGAAACGGAACAUCUUGCCAUGGAAAAUAAUUCCUCUGCACAGAUAAGCGACGUAGAAAUGAGAGAUGAAUCGACAGAGACGGCUGUAUCGUUAACAGAGGGUGAACUACAAUCUGAAACGAACGAAGAUACUGCAACCUUACCACCGAUUGUGUCUACAAACGAGAAUGAACUACGUGAAGAUACUGAAAUGGAGAACAAUGAAACAGAAGGCUUUGUUGCUGACGCAGAUAUUGUUCAGAAUGAAGAAAACCUUCUAGGGACGGGCUUAGAUGGCGCUAAACUAGAUAAUGAGCUGUUAGAAUCGACUGAUGAUUUGCCAAGACAGAAAAAUGAUUCAGAUUUGGCUGAUGGUCAAGCAGUAAAGGCGUUGUCGGCCUCGUCUGCUGAUGUUGAAACUGCCAAAAUUGGACCUGGUGACGAGACACUCCAAGCAGGGGUGUGCAGAGAAACGUUACCAACACGGGCAACGCCACCCACCGAACAACCUUCUGAUCAUAACAAAACCACGGAGACUCAGAGUAUGGAGAUAGAAAAUGAACAGUGAAAACUAAAUUGCGAGAACUGCUGCAUUCAAGCUUGAUCACAUGACC